AUGCAUUCUUAUAUAGUUGUUGGGCCCUCGGGUACUGGAUGAUGUGAGAGUAGAUUUAUUCCUUCGUUCUUACCUUCAUUCGUUCAUUACAACCCAACAGUCUUUCAUUUAUUUAUCGCUACUCAGAUGCGCGAGUUCCUCUCCUUAACGGCCCUCGCCGCCGUCCUGGCCUCGGCCUCUGCUGCUGCCAUUCCUUCAUCUUCCGCAGCAGGGGCUUCGAAGACUCUGUAUGUGCAGAUUUCCCCACAUCCAGACACCAGUUCCUAACAGCAAACGCAGAAUCUCCAACGCAGCCAGCGGCACCUGCUCCGGCCCCACGAAUAGCAGCCCAUCGAGCUACUGGCUCGCCGAGCAAGACCACAAGGGCAACGCACGCGGGUACGCCCCCAACGUCGACAACGCGAACUACCCCGUCUGGCGCAACGUGCAGACAGACUACAACGCCAGCGGCGACGGGUCCGGCGACCAGACGGCCAGCCUGCAGCGCGCGAUCAACGAUAACGGCAGCGACGGCAGCCGCCAGAGUAGCGGCGUCACGCGGUACCCGGCCGAGGUGUAUCUCCCCGGGGGGACGUAUACUCUGGGGAGUACGCUGGAGCUGCGCGUCGGGACGGUCAUUACGGGUGAUCCGUUGGAUGUGCCGGUGUUGAAGGCGAAGGAGGGGUUUGAGGGGCAGGUGCUGGUGAAGGGGUAUGAUGAGGGGAAUGGGAACCCCGAGACGAGUUUCAUGACGCUGAUGCGGAAUGUUAAGUUGGAUAUGACGGCGUUGGCUGGGGAUGUCGAGGUUACGGCGCUGCAGUGGGGUGUUGCGCAGGGCGCUGGGUUGACAAAUGUCAAGAUUGAGAUGCCGGAGAAUUCGAGCGGACAUACCGGCAUUGACAUUAAGUCUGGGUCGACGAUUGCGGUGACGGAUGUGGAAAUCACCGGCGGAGCCACCGGUAUCAGGAACUCCAACCAGCAAGUCAACUUCAAGAACAUCUCUUUCAAAGGCUGCACUACCGCGUUUGAGGCGGCGGGUGGUCACACGGCACUGCUGCAAGGCGCCACCUUCGACACUUGCGGCGUGGGCAUCGACAUGACCGGUAAUGGACUGGGGAGUUUGGUGCUGCUGGACUCGGCAUCGAUCAAUUCCGGCACGGUGGUGAAGUUCUACGACUCAUCCAACGAUGGAGGCAAACGCAACAGCCAGCUUUUAAUCCAGAACCUUUCGCACGACAACGACAACGACAUCGCCGUCGACAACAACGGCAAGGUGCAGCUGAAGGCCACUAAGCAGGUCGAUACCUGGGUUUGGGGCAACGUCACGCCCGGCCAGUACGAAACCGGCACCAGCUUUAGCACCUCGCGCCCUGACGUGCUGCUGGACAACGGCAGGUUCUUCACCAAGAAGCAGCCUACUUAUGCCGAGUACGCGGCCGACCAGAUCGUCAAUGUCAAGUCCGUCGACGGCCACACCGUCAAGGGUGACGGAUCCACGGAUGACACCGAAUCCCUGAACGCCAUUCUGGCUGACAACGCGGCCAACUGCAAGAUCACCUAUUUCCCGUACGGCGUGUACAUCGUCAAAGACACACUGAAGAUUCCCACGGGGUCGCGCAUCGUGGGCGAAGCGUGGGCAGUCAUUGCGGGCGCCGGCGAGGCUUUCAAAGACGCCCAGAAGCCCAAGACGGUGGUGCAGAUCGGCCAGCCCGAUGACGUCGGGGUGAUCGAGAUCCAGAACAUGCGCUUUUCGGUCGCCGAGAUCCUCCCCGGAGCCAAGAUCCUCGAGAUCAACGCCGCCGGCAGUCAACCUGGCGACGUUGGGCUCUGGAACACGAUCGUGACUGUCGGCGGCACGGCGGAGACCUCGGUCUCGAACGACUGCACCGACCAGGACACCUCGAACUGCAUGGCGGCUUUCAUGGUCCUGCACCUGACCGAGAGCUCGUCGGCCUACCUCGAGAACUUCUGGGGCUGGACCGCGGACCACAACCUCGACGACGGGCCCACCACCAUCAUCUCCACUGGUCGCGGCAUCCUCGUCGAAGCGACCAAGGGCACCUGGCUCACAGGCACCGGGUCCGAGCACCAUUGGCUCUACAACUACAACUUCCACCACGCGAAGAACGUCUACGCGGGCCUGCUGCAGACCGAAAGUCCCUACAUGCAGGGCAACGGGGCCGUCAAGUUGGCUCCGGCGCCGUGGACCGCUGAUUCACAAUACGGCGACCCGAACUUCUCGUGGUGCGACGAAGGAGAUGGCGCCUGCCGCAGCGCGCUGGCGACCAACGUUGACGGCGGGUCCGACAUUCUGCUCUACAAUUCGGCGGCGUGGGCGUUCUUCAACGGCGAGUGGGAUGGCAGCUACGGCGACCAGUGCGACGGCGCCUGCCAGACCAACAUGAUGCGGGUGACAGGAGACCCGGAGAAUCUGGUCUGGUACUCGAUCAACACCCGGAAGACGGACGUGAUGGUCCUGGACGGGGAGGACAAUCCGAAGGAAGAGAACCACCCGGGCGGAUGGGAAGCCAUUAUUCAGGCAUACCGGCAGUUUGAAAAGGGAGGCAACUAGAUUUUUGUUGUUUGCGAUGUGCAGGAAGCAGUGGUGGUUGG